GCAGGCCAAGUUCUUAGUUGAGGGCCAUUCCACUGCCAACUACAACACUCACUUGCCGUGCGAUUACCUCUCACACGUCUCAAACUGAAGAUAUUAGUGAUAUCUGGAGGAGGUCUUCUCUUUGUAUGACAUAAUGACUAUUAGACUUCGACCGAGUCCGUCUUCGUCACCGGCCUCGCCCUUCUCCUGGGACAAGGUUUCGUCUCCGGCACCGCCAGAUGGCCCUUCGACUCCUGCAUCACCUCCGACACAAUGGCUCUCCGCCCUAGACAUGAAGGUUUUUGGCGCUGAACCGUUGAAGCCGCAACAUGCUGUAAUAAAAUGCAAGGAUUGUAAUAAACCUGUCCUCGAGAGCGCGAUCGGGGAACACGCAGAUAAUUGCGCAAAGAUUCGCGCAGGCGGUAAGAAGGGUGUCAAGGGCAAGGGUGCUGCAGAUGCUGACGGAGGUGCGAAAGGGAAAAAGCGAAAGGCAGAAGACGACGACCCUAAUCCUGAAGAUCCUUCAGCGCCCAAGAAGAAGAAACCUGCUACGAAGGUUACCAAGGGCCGAUUCAAAGGUCCAGUCGACUUUGAUAGACAAUGCGGUGUCAUUAAUGACAAGGGCCUCAACUGUUCUCGUUCUCUGACAUGCAAGUCCCAUUCCAUGGGAGCCAAACGUGCCGUAGAAGGCCGUUCUAAACCAUACGACGAACUCCUCCUUGAAUGGAACCGCCAGCAUAAUCCUAAUUUUGUCGAGCCUGUGAAGCGAGAGACAAAGGCUGAGAAGAAGGCUAGAAAAGACAAGGAGAAAGCUGAGAAGAAGAAACAGCAGAUAGAGGCAGCGGCAGCCUUAGGCAUCGACCUCACCGCACCCAAAAAAGCUGCAGGCGGGGCAGGCGGGACUGGGUCAAAGAAGACGAAGAAGACCGCCGCUGCAAUAGCCGCCACCGCCAUUGUUGCUGCACCUGGUCCCAUCAUCACGAACGACAAUGAUGAUAACAUCGACGACAUUGACUCUGAGGAGGAAGUAGAUACUCUUGUGCAUGCGGUACGGCUAGCUCAAGAUAGAGGAGUGAUGAGCGUACCUCUGGCCGUUCCUUGUGAUGCCAGCUCCUGGUUUGUUGCACGGCGAGAGCGGUUGAGGACCUGCAGAGACUUGUUGGCAAAUGCACUGAUGCCGGCAAGAGCUGGCCCUGCUGGUGUCGCAGCGCCGGGGAGGCUGUUAGGAUAAUCCUCCUUUUGCUAAUUGGGUGGUAUGGUUUGAGGAACGUGGUACUCACAGGGACAAUGAUAGCAUGUGGUAUUGUAUGUAUUAUAGUAUUUGACUGUUGUAUUCCUAGGUACGUAUUGUUUGCGGUGUACAUUACCGAUACUCCCCUUUAGUUUAUACAGUGACAAGAAUGUGAAUGACUGGCUGGCAGAGAACCAACUUCUGGACGACUUUCUUGUUCAUUUCACCUGGGGCCUUCCGUUAUGAUUAG